GGCCUCUUAAUGAAGUUGGAUGGCUCCCUGUUACCUAUUUGUAAUGCUGAGGUACAGACAGAAGAAAAAAGCUUCAAUUUUUUGUGCAGGUGUCAGGAAUCUACAUCUGAACCUCUGAAAAGCAUCCCAUUAGAAGAUGCCAAAGAUAGACUUAACACAACUCAUGAAAAAGCCUAUGAAUCUCCUGAUCUGGUUCAACUGCUUGCCUCAACACCUUUGAUCCAGUUAAAACAAGAGAUAGCAUGUGUCCCAGAGGCUGUGGCAUCUAACUCUUCACAGUGCCAUGAAGUGGGUAUGGCUGUAAAUGAUGUUGUGGAUUUUAAAGAAUUUAAAUCAGUGGAAACAUUGAAGAUCAGAGAUAACAAUUUAAAUAUAGAUUCUCAGAUUGAAAAAUGUGCAUUAACACCUGCAUUACAUACAACCCUUGAUGAUAACAUGGCUCUGGACUAUGGGGCAUCUUCACAUCUUGAAGAAGAUACCCAGGGGCAGAUUCUAUUAGAUGAUCUGGAAAGUUCUGAUGGAGCUCACUCUGAUGGAUUGAUGUAUUCUGUGUACACCAUGAACCCAUGUGGAUCGUUGCAGUUGGUGAGUCGAGUUCUUAGCAAAAGCACUUCAUCCAGGGACUCGGUGGAGGAACCAGUUGAAAGAGCUACAAUAAAAAUUAAUAAUAUGAAACAGGAUGACCGCAGAAGUCAAACUCAGCUACAGUCCCUUACUUUACAUGAAGAUAUUAAAUCUUCACAGUGUGAGUUUAAUCAGGAGGAGAUGGUGGUAGCCCCAGACAUUUCAGAUUUCCAAGAGAGACCAUUAUUUAAAUCCACUAACAGAAGAGCCAAAUCAAGGAAAAUAUUUGCUUCUCAAGGAAGUCCAACUGGAACAAUAUUAACUGAUGUUGUUAAGUUGGGGCCUGAGGAUCUUUGUAGUGCUACUUGGUGUGGAGUCUGUGAAAAGGAAUUUCCAUCUGCUGGUAGUCUAAAGGUUCACCUUUCUCGUAUGCAUAGUCAGGUGAAGUGGUGUCACACAUGCACCAAGACAAUAGAUUCCGAGGAAGAGAUGUGUGAUCACGUUCGUGAAUGCCAUGGAGACCUACCCUUUAUCUGUCUUAUAUGUGGUCAGAGCCUAAGAACGAAUGCUGCCUUCCAGAGGCAUAAGGACAUUCACAAGGGGCUGCGUGGAAGUGCUUGUGAGAUUUGUGGGCAAACGUUUUCUCGGACAGAAUAUUACCGUGAACACAAAAGAAUUCACACAGGAGAAAAACCAUACGAGUGUGAGAUAUGCAAGAAAACCUUUAGUAGAUCAAGCAACUUAUACACUCAUAUGAGAAUCCACAACAAUGAGGAGCAGCGUCAUAUUUGUAAUGUUUGUAUGAAGUCAUUUGCUCGAGCUGAUAAGUUGAAAGACCAUAUGAUUCGCCAUUUACAAAUAAAACGAUAUGGUUGUCGCCUGUGUCCAAAGGCUUACAAUGAAAAAAGAGAUUUAACUAAACACCUGGAAAAAGUACACAGUGGUCAUAAUAGUCUUGAUACCUGACAAGUUUUAAAAAGUAGGCAGUUCAUAUGUAACUAUUUCUUAUAUGAUGUGCAUAAAGUCUUAAGUCGAAUCAGUCUCAAUAAUUUAUAUUUUGUAUUAAAAGAAAUCAUUAGAAUAAUUUACAAGUGCUGUAGUAGCUGAGCUGUUGUGAUGCACAUUAUGAAUUUUAAAAUGGCAGAUACAGCUUUGUAUACUCUAUAUAAAGAAAUCUCUAUAUAAUAAAAAAAAAAAAAUCUUUCAUUCUUAUAAUUUAUAUUGGUGCCGGUAUUUACAUAAUGACAUCCACAUUAUUAUCAUAACUAAACACUAAACCCAUAAGGGCCAUACAGCACUGCAAUGACAGCCACAAACCAACUGUAUUCAGGCAGAAUCUACUUGCCUGAAGGUUUUCUCAUUUUUCUAAUUAAAAUAUACCAUAAUUUAAAUGUAUUAACUUUACCAAGUCUUGACAUUUCUGAUUGGUUUAGCACUUAAUUAUAAUAACUGACAUUU